AUGAAGCUUUCCUUGCUCCUCGCCCUCGUCGCGGUCGGUGCUGAUGCCUCCAAAAUCUUAGUUUGGCCAGCAGAAUGGAGCCACUGGAUCAAUAUGAAGAUUAUAAUAAAAGAGCUGAUCAGCCGCGAUCACGAAGUGGCGAUCAUGCGUUCCUCGGCAUACACGGACUUUAUCAAGAUCGAUAUUCCAGAGGCGACCUAUAUCGACUUCUAUGUGCCUUACGAAGAAGGCCACCAUCUGCAGAGUAUGGAUAAGGUGCUCUCACAAGUCAAACUCGGCGAUCCGGCAGAAUCCUCUUUCUUCGGGAAAGCUUACGCGAUGUUAUCCCUUCGAAGAAUGAACCAAUGUGAGCUGGUCAUGAAAAACUCAACCCUUCUCAACUCGUUAAACGCUACUGACUUUGACUUGGUGUUAGCGGAUCCGACGGUGAUGUGCGGCGAACUCAUCGCCACCAAGAUGGGAGUGCCAUUCGUUUACAAUGUGCGCACACUGCCAGCCGAGCUGCACUUUUCGCUUUCGCAGACGCCGAUGCCCCUUAGCUAUGUGCCUAUGAUUAACACUGAGUUUUCGGACACGAUGAAUCUUUUCGAGCGAACGAUGAAUAUGAUCACCUACGUAUACCAAACCAUCGGCGUCCGAGCUGGAUUAUCCAUGAUGGACUCAAUUGUUCACAAAUACAUCGACUCGAACCGAAGCUUUCUGGAUAUUGUCAGUCAAAGCUCUAUGUGGCUCAUCAGAACAGACUUCGCCUUCGAAUAUCCUCGACCACUGAUGCCAAACGUUAAAUUCAUUGGAGGCUUUCAUUGCCAAGAAGCAGAGCCCCUCAAAGACCAGAGCCUUGUGGACUGGAUCAACGAGGCAGACGAUGGAAUCAUCGUUUUCUCCAUGGGUUCUAUGGUUCGCUCGAUGCACAAAUCCAAAGCGGAAGUAAUCGCGGCCGCUCUUGCGAGGCUCCCGCAGCGGGUCAUCUGGCGAUAUGACGGAGAGAUGCCUGACUCGCUCGGAGCGAACACGAAGACCAUGGAUUGGAUCCCCCAAAAUGAACUCAUGGGACACCCGAAGACCAAGCUAUUCAUUUCUCACGGAGGCAAGUAG